AUGGAGUCUCACAAUGGAGAGGCUGAUGACUUGCCUCCACCACCUCCUUUGGCUGCUGGUGUUGAGCCACUUAAAGCUGAUGAAACAAAGGCGCCAUUGAAACUUAGGAGUCCGAUUAUUUCUAUCACUAUUACGUGCGUCUCUAAUCCUUGUCCAGUGUCAUUUCUUUAUUUUCAUCCUCAUACCUUCAUUACCAAUGCUGUUGAUCGCAAAGGGUCGGGAAGAAAAGUGAUCGAAAAACUGCAGCCAACUUAUGCUGUUGAACAUGCAAAUAAAGAUUUUUCAUAUGAUGGUGAGAAGAGCCUGUUCACAAUUGGUGCUCUUCCUCAAGUUAAAAACGAGUUCACUGUCGUGGUGGAUGAUGUUUCAACUGGAAAGACUCCUGCAAAUGGCAGUCCAGGCAAUGACAGUCCUCCUGGAAGUGACAGGAAAAGGAUCAGAAGGUCUUAUAAUUAUAAUACAAAGACGUACAAGGUCGAACUCUCUUUUGCUGCAAAAAUUCCCAUGAGUGCAAUCUCACAGGCCUUGAGAGGUCAGGAAUCAGAGCACACUCAGGAAGCAAUUCGAGUGAUCGACAUUAUUCUGAGGCAGCACUCAGAUGUGUCCACCACAAUGAUUGUGAAACCUGGUCCUGUCAUUGAUUUUCUGCUUGCCAAUCAGAAAGUUAGUGAUCCAAGCAUGAUUGAUUGGGCUAAGGCCAAGCGUGCACUGAAGAACUUACGGAUAAAAACAAGUCCAGCGAACCAAGAGCAGAAGAUUGUUGGUCUCAGUGACAGACCUUGCCGUGAGCAAUUAUUCACACUGAAACAUAAAAAUGGCAAUGGUGACUCUGAAGUGAUCACUGUUUUUGAUUACUUCGUAAAGAACCGUGGCAUAGAGCUGCAAUACUCUGGUGAUCUUCCUUGUAUCAGUGUGGGAAAACCAAAGCGGCCAACAUAUUUUCCAGUUGAGUUAUGCAGUCUUCUGCCUUUACAAAGAUACACUAAAGCUUUGGGGACACUACAGAGGUCGUCACUUGUUGAGAAAUCUAGGCAGAAACCACAAGAAAGGAUGUCUGUUUUGUAUGAUGUACUGCAAAGAAGCAACUAUGAUGCAGAGCCCAUGCUGAAGGCAUGCGGGAUUACAAUUGCUAGAAGUUUCACAGAAGUUGAUGGUAGGGUACUGCAGCCCCCCAAGCUUAAAGCUGGGAAUGGAGAAGACAUUUUUACACACAAUGGUAGAUGGAACUUCAACAAUAAGAGGCUCAUUAGAGCUAGCAGUGUCGAGAAAUGGGCAGUGGUCAACUUUCCUGCACGAUGCAAUGUCAGGGAUCUUGUCCGUGAUCUCAUCAAGUGUGGAGGCAUGAAGGGGAUUAUGGUUGAAGCACCUUUCGAUGUAUUUGAUGAGAAUCCUUCAAUGAGACGGUCACCUUCUGUAAGAAGGGUUGAAGACAUGUUUGAACAAGUGAAAACUAAGCUUCCUGGAGCACCCAAGUUUCUUGUGUGGCCUUGGAAGAAGAAAUGCCUUGCUGAAUUUGGGAUCGUAACACAGUGCGUGGCACCAACUAGAGUCAAUGAUCAGUAUCUUACAAAUGUCCUACUAAAGAUAAAUGCAAAGUUGGGUGGCAUGAAUUCGUUGCUCCAAAUUGAGACAUCCCCAGCAAUUCCUCUCGUAUCCAAGGUCCCAACUAUAAUCUUAGGAAUGGAUGUAUCCCACGGCUCUCCUGGAUAUUCUGAUGUACCGUCCAUUGCUGCUGUUGUUAGUUCUCGUGAAUGGCCACUUAUCUCGAAAUACAGAGCUUCUGUCCGCACCCAUCCUAAAAUGGAAAUGAUUGACAUGAUUGACUCAUUGUUUAAUCCACGGGAAACUGAAGAUGAUGGUCUGAUCCGGGAGUGUCUGAUUGACUUCUACACCAGUUCUGGGAAGAGAAAGCCUGACCAAGUCAUCAUCUUCAGGGAUGGUGUUAGCGAAAGUCAGUUUAAUCAGGUGCUGAACAUUGAGUUGCUACAAAUCAUCGAGGCUUGCAAAUUUCUUGAUGAGAAAUGGAAUCCGAAGUUCACGUUGAUUAUUGCCCAGAAGAACCAUCACACUAAAUUUUUCAUUCCUGGAAAGCCAGAUAAUGUUCCACCUGGGACUGUUGUGGACAACAAAGUCUGCCAUCCAAGGAACUUUGACUUCUACAUGUGUUCACAUGCUGGAAUGAUCGGGACUACGAGGCCAACUCACUAUCACAUCCUGCAUGAUGAGAUAGGCUUCAACCCUGAUGACCUGCAGGAGCUGGUGCAUUCCCUUUCUUAUGUGUACCAAAGGAGCACAACAGCCAUAUCAGUUGGUGUGGUAUGUUUCAGUUGUAUGCAAGUGUGGUAUGUUUCAGUAGUGGUUCAGCUUGAGAUUGAAAAAUUGGAGUGGAUGGCUUCAUUUGACUACUUGGGAGUUGGGACCUGCUGGUCUGAUGACCUGUUUGCUUUCUACACGUUGCUGCGAAUUGGGCUGUAA